GAAAGAACAAACAAUUUACUUAACAACACACACAAUCUCAAUUCUCAAACACAACCACAUCGUCAUCUCCAAACAAAUUUCAACACUCUUCAACUGCUCCUCUUUCUUCCUCUCCUCCAUCAUCACCGUUCGAUUAUUCCCCUUCAGCUUCAACUUCAAGUUUCAAUAGGGUUUUUCCCUUUUCACUUUUCAGUCACCUCACAACUCACUAUGACCAGGUGUUAUAGGUAGAAGAAACUAGAAAACAAGGUUUGUGAGUGACUACUAGUGAAUGGAAGGUUCUGAUCAAUUUGGUGUUCAACGAAAUAGUUAUGUAUUGGGUUCAAUUCCUAGACCCACAAACCGAUUGAGUGCUAUUCCUAUGCCUAACAAUCAAAUGGGUUAUCCUCCUGAGAAUCACAAACCCUCUGGGAUACCACCUUCUCACCCUAAUACCAAUUCCUCACCCUCAUCUCCUUAUCCUCAAUUUAUGAACCCUCAAUUCAAUUCUGGUCCCCAGAGGUUGAGUUCUCCCAAUUUGAGUCCAGGGUCAUCCUCAUCAUCCCAUUCUAGGUCUUUGUCCCAACCCUCUUUUUUCUCCCUAGAUUCCUUGCCCCCAUUGAGCCCUUCACCUUAUAGAGAGCCCUCACCAGAUGUGUCUAUGGAGGAAAGCUUGGCUACCUCUCAUGCCCCUUUGCCGAACCGCGGUCACGCGGUUCAGCUUGGCCAGUGUCUUCCCCCGCGUAAAGGACACAGGCGCUCUAGCAGUGAUUCCCCUUUAGGAAUCUCGGAUUAUGUUCAGUCUGUACCUCAGUUUUUCCCUCCUGGGAUUUGGAGUGAUCACCGCAAUUCAACUUCUAGAGGAGAAAACUUAAACUCUCGUUCUGAGAAGCCAAUUCAGUUGGUGUUGAAGGCGCCGAGUAAUGAUUCGGGUAAUGGAUUUAGUGGUGGUGCUAUGGAUGGGAAGAAAAAGGAUGAUGACCUGGAUGAUUUGUUUAGCGCAUACAUGAAUUUGGACAACAUUCAGAAUAUGAGCUUUUCUGGUGUCGAAGAUAAGGAUUUGGAUAGCAGGACUAGUGGUUCUAAGACUGUUGAAAGCAGCGACAAUGAAGUUGACAGUCAUGCUAAUGGAAAAGCAACCGCUGCUCGUGCUCUGGGGGCGAGUUCGAGCUGUUCAGAAGAGAGGAGGGAAGGAAUCAAGAGGAGUUCUAAUGGAGAUAUGGCACCCGGUGUCCGGCAUCGGAGAAGUUUUUCGUUGGACAGUUCCAUAGGGAAAUUUCAUCUUGAAGAUGAAUCACCUAAGCUUCCUCCUUUGCAAAAUCUAGUUGGUCAGCUUUCACCUAGUAAUUCAAUAGAUGGUAAAACAUCAGGCAUCGGCGUGGAGUUUGGAAAUGGUGAAUUCAGCUCAGACGAGCUAAAGAAAAUAAUGGAAAACGAUAAACUUGCAGAAAUUGCCACGUCUGAUCCCAAGCGUGCAAAAAGGAUUUUGGCUAAUCGUCUAUCAGCUGCUCGCUCAAAGGAGCGGAAGACACGUUACAUUUCUGAAUUGGAGCACAAGGUCCAAACUCUUCAGACAGAGACGACCACACUGUCCACUCAGUUUACCAAAUUACAGAUGGAUCAUAUCGAGCUUAAAAAUGAAAAUAAGGAGUACAAGUUGAGGCUUCAAUCCUUGGAACAGCAGUCUCAACUGAAAGAUGCUCUGAAUGAGACUCUGGAUGCUGAGGUCCGGCGAUUAAGGCGUACUGUUGCAGAAGUCGGUGGAGAGAACCUCCUCUCGAGUCUGAUGGGUGAACAGCGCGCCAUUAACCAGCAAAUGGUCCAUUUACAGCAUCAGCCGCAGGGCCAGCAGAGGCAUUUACAACUGCAAAACAGCCAUUCUCAGGAAGAGAGACAGACUCAAUCACAGCAGAUUCAGCACAACAAUGAAUUCCAGUCCCAGCGCCAGAAUGGCAAAGCUACUGCCUACUGAUCGCAGUGAAUCAUAUGUAAGCAAUUGAUGAUAGCUGGCAGCUCUUGAUUCAAACUUCACAUAAAAUAAUUUUUUGUAAUGCAGCUGAUGGGCUUAUAAAUUAGUCGUGUAUAUGAGCACUGAAACACCAUUAGUGCAUGUUUGGAAAUUCUUGUACAAUUGACUCUAAGUCAACACCAAUUAUGGGGAGAAGCUUUUGGGAGUAGCUUCUAUGUGUCAAAACUGAUUUUGAGGAAAGAGAAACCGAUCCAAAGAUGCUAUAAGUUUGCUUAUGUAGGUCUGUACAUUAUCUUUAUGUUAUGUUUUCCCCUCAUUGUUUCA